CCAGCAGCAGGAGGUAGCAAGCAAGCAGCAGCAUCGUCGUCCUCGUCGUCGUUGACGACACCACCCCUCACCAUUCGAUCUCUGGAAGCAGCGGCAUGUGCGAUACCGUCCGUCUGCCCAGCACCUCACAGUCGGCGAGGUAGCGCGACAUGAGCGACGGCAACAAUGCUGCAGCAGCGAAGCGGCCGGUGAAGAAAAAGCAGAUUGACUUCAUCGUCACCACUAGUGACCCCAACAGUGCCAGCAAUGCCGCCAACAAGAAGCGCGUGCGGUCCGUGGCCGCGCUCAAGUCGUGGCCCGAGCGGCGCAAGAAGAUCUUCGAUCAGCUGGAAAGCAGCGGCAGCAGUGGACAAGGUGCUUUCUUGCUCGACGACCAGCCGGCGGCGCCGUCAAGGAGAAAGCCCAAGAGCCCUCCUCAGCCCUUUCGAAUCGUCCAGCAGCAAGAGACGCCGCCCUCAGCAGGUUCUGCCCCUAAGAGAGCCAAGGCACAUGGGCCCUUUCGAGCCACGCCUGCCUCGAGCACAGCAGCAUAUGCUCUGAAUCCUGAUGCUCAGACGUUUGUGCCGACCACAAGCUCGACAGUCGGCGACUUCUCUGCGCAGCUCGAUCAUGCCAUUGAGCAGAAGUCCAUCGGGUCGUCGAUAGAGCUGUACCGCAAAUUUUCCGCCAACCUGCCGUUGUCUCCAGACGUUCACCACGUCCAAACCACGGGCGCUACAUGCCAAUGCUCGACUUGUCAACCACAGUGUGGAACAGCUGUGGUGCCUCCACGGCGGAAACGCAUGGCAGAUGGCUCGGAAAAGCCCAUGUCGACCUUCACGGGCGAAAUGGCAUUGAUCACGCCACCAACAUCGCCCACAGCAGGUGCAUCCUCGCAUCAGAUGGAUCCGUUCAACAACUACCCAGUCGAGUACAAGCCUUGGUACGACAAAAUUCUGUACCACAUGAUGACGGUGUAUGCCCCGCGAGGCUGGCCUGCGCUGAAGAUCACGGAGCAAGAAGGUGUCAAGUGGGAAUGGUUCAUGACCCAGACUGCUUUGGCAGAACCGGCUCUAUUCUAUGUACGUCUCCUAUUCGGCUCUGGUGACAUGAUUAGACUCGGCGCGUUGGGAUCGGAAAUCAUGUACUGGCUACGAGCCGAGGCCAUCAAGGCCAUUAACACCGCACUGGGAGACUCGAAGAGGAACUGCUCGGAUGGCUUGAUUCUAGCCGUGGGACGUAUUGCUCUCCACGAGCACAUGUACGGCGACAAGUUUGCAUCAAGUCACAUCCAUCGACCUGCACAACGCCGGAUGAUCGAUAUGCGCGGGGGCAUGAAGAAGCUUGGGUUUCCAGAUCUGGUAAAGCGCCUCAUGCGAUGGUCAGACAGGAUCAUGGCAGUUGGUAGUGGCACUGAUCGUCUUCUGGAAGACGAUGAUGCGAUCCCCAACUUCAGCCUGAAGCAAAGCGUCGGCGCUAUCGAGGGCUGGGCACCUCAAGAAAUGCCCGGAGUGCGGAGCAAAAUUCGGAUCUCAGACCUAGUGAACGACGAAGAUGAAUCCUGACUUCUUGCGGCUGACAUAUGGGGUCGGGAAACUUUGGCAAAGGCGCAUGGCAAGCGGCCAUCAGGGUACUCUACUGUUUCGAGUCUUAUGUGUGAAGGCAUCCAGACACCUGUGGAUGCGUCUGGCAAUGCAGAUACAAGACUAGCAGUACGCCCGAGGCCGAACAGCGUAGAGAGCGAAGAAUCAACAGCUGGAACGCCUGGGCCCGCUACGGAUGCUCAAUCAUCAAGCAGCUGAACUUUGACUGCCUUUGCUGCAGGCGUACUUGCUGUGAAGAACGCGUCCCGGGCAUCCUCCAGCCGGUAACGAUGCGUUACGAGGGGUUUCAGAUUGAUGAGCCCUUCCGCCACUAGCAUAAUCGCCUUCGGAUAUGUUUCCCGAUACUGAACUAUGAUCAGCCGCAAACCCCUCUCAAGGAAUAAUGUAAAACAACGAACCUGGUACUGGAAUCUGAUAUCGAUCUCGCGAAAACUGGCAUACAUGAAAGGGAUCUGCUGGAAGUCCUGCCCGACGCCAAUAAUAAACACGGUGCCGCCAAACUUGGUCGCCUGAAAGAUUAUUGUCAGUGUGUGUUUGCAAACACAUUCGGGCGUUGCAGGUCAUUUACAUAUAUGCCAGAAUGUAUCGAGCUCUCCACGCCCGUGCACUCGAUUACCAACUUGGCUUCUUGGCCGAGUGCCUUUUUGAUAUUGUCGCCCACGGUCUUGGGAUCCUCGCCUUUCUGGACGUGCACGGUUCGCACACGCGGCACUAGUGAUCUGGCAAAAGCAAGGCGGCUCUCGUCAAUAUCCGUGAUCACAAUUGGUGCAGCACCCGCAGCGUGAGCACUCAGCAGUGCAAUGAGUCCGAUCGGCCCCGCGCCACAUAUGGCCAGCUUAUCCCCAAUCCGCAAUCCGGAACGAUCAAUGCCCGCCAGAGCCACACUAAGAGGCUCCAGCAGAGCGCCCUCCUCAAAGGUCAACGAGUCGGGCAGUCUAUGCAGCCAAGCCUCUGGAUGGACAUGAUACCUGCGAAGUGUGCCGUGUAUCGGUGGAGACGAGUAGAAGACCUUUGCUGGACAAGCAUGAUAUUGACCAGUUCGGCAAGCCUCACACGAAGGCUUGGAGCAUGGAAUGCCGCAUUCCAAAGCAACUCGAUCUCCAACUUUGAAACCGUGCACAUUCUCUCCAAUCUUCACAAUCUCACCUGCAGACUCGUGGCCCAGGCCUUGUGAUGCACAGAUGACUGAACUGCCAAUCCUCCCAUGUUUCCAAAAAUGCACAUCGGAGCCACAGAUGCCUAUAGUAAAAGUUCGCAAAAAGGUCAGCAAUAUACAUGUGCUGAGAUAGCUAUAGAUGUAUGUGUUCAUGUUGUAUAUGUGAUGUGAUGUGAUGUAGUUAACAAACCUGUCGCUCGAACAUGAACCAAACACUCCUGGGGACCAGGCUGUGGCAUCUCCGCUUCGACAAC